AUGAGCAAGCGCACGAUCGUAGAGUGGUCACCCCACGAUGCCUCGCUCUUUGCUGUCGGCGCCGACAAUCUGCGUCUAUUUGAAGCUACAACUGCAUCGCCAUCUCUCAGUGGAUACGCCGAUACCACACUCGAUCCUGCAACAGCCGCAGCCGCCACGACGCAGCGCAAACGCACCUUCCGCGUCGUGCGGAUCCACGCCAAAGUGUCGCAGCUCAAGUGUUUACAAUGGUACCCAUUUGAUUCCAAACCCCUUUUGAUCGCCACAGGUACAGGAUCCGGUAAAGUGCUGUUGUGUGACUUUGACGACCCACGGGCGCGAGUCAUGCGCGAGUUUGUACCCAAGUACAGUCGUCCGUGCCACGCGGUGGCUUGGAAUCCGUCCGUGUCCAACCAAUUGGCUGCAGGCUUUGAGAAAGUCCGUAGUGACUUUUGCACAUUAGUGUGGGACCUCAAUACGUCAAAUGCAGGGAGUAGCGCCACAGGAGCCGCCGCUACUGCGGCUUCAGCAGGAGCUAUGACGAGCACUAGCAGCUGCAGCAGUGGGAACAUGGAUGGCCUUGUGGAUCAAGACGGAACCUUGGAAAGACCGAUGAGUAGCAGGAAAGGAAGCAGCAAUGGAGGAGCAAGUGCUAGUGUGGGUGUUGCUGCCGGAUCGGCUGGAUUUGCAACAGUAGACUCGAAACCUGUGCAUGAAUUGGCCAAUUCUGAGGCGACGAUGGCGCUGUCCUGGGUACCACUGCAGCCGACGUGUUUGGCCACUGGAACAGGUUUCAAGUGGCUGCGCGUGUAUGAUUUGCGGACGAAAGGAUCGUCUCCAAUGAGUGUCGUUGCCCACAACAAGGCUGUGCUCGGUGUUGUGUUUGAUCAGCAUCGGCCACACAUGCUUGCAACGUACAGUGACGCACCACAGGAGCCGGUGAAAGUGUGGGAUAUCCGUCAACUAGAAUCGUCGUCUGGGCCACUGCUUUCGCUGUAUCAGACAAGUAAGAAUCUCGCACAGGUGUCGUGGUGCCCGUCUGAGCCGGGCGUGCUUGUAACGGCGUCGACGGAAGAAAAAUGGGUGUCGUUGUGGGAUGUGACAAAACAGGAGAGCCGCCCGUCGAUGCUCAAGAAACCGUUUCGUAGACGCUACACCUCGGAACCGCUGGCAUCUUUCUCAUGGCAACACAUAGAUUCAUCGCCGCAAAUGCAAUGCGUGGCAGACGUUGGCAGGACUAGCAUUGCAACGAGAGACCAGCUGACGGCGGCAGCGUUUCCGAAUCGAUUGUUGACUGCAUCAAUAACCGGCGAACUCGGUGACAUUUCGGUACACGAUGCCAUGCCGCUGUCGCUGUCGUCUCAUGGGGCGGUGACCUUCGGAUGUGGUAGACUUCUCUUUGGCGGUUCUGUUAGUGGACCUGGGCUGGGGACUUCGGCUGUAGCGCGAUUGACAUUGGAGGAGGAAAUCAGCUCGGGUCCCUGUGUUGAAGAGGAUAUUUCAAAUGAAAUGUACAAGCUUGCUAAACAAGGCUACUCCGUUGGACUUUCCAAGAAUCUGAAGCUGUUUAAUAAGACUUCCCCACGAGGCCGGCAGCUGCAUCAUUUGUGGUCGUGGGUCGACCAAGUUGAGGCGUUACGCAGAUUCCAAGCUUCACGUGUAGAGCAGUCGCGCUCUGCAAACAAUGGCCUUGGAAACAACGCAGCCAAUACUGCAGUGGCCGGCCCGUUGCGCGGGUGGCCAGUUGACUCGAAUGCCCUUGUAAUUGCUGGUGUGAAGAAUUUGCUGACAGCCUAUGGCGAAGCUUCGGCUAUUGCAAAGUCCGCUCCUGCUGGACAUACUGCCACUGUUCAAGAAGAUUCCCGAGAGGAAGAACUGACUGUCGCUGUUGCAUCUGUCACGAAGGUGGACCAGGUGCUUGGCUGUCAGUACUUUGAAGGGCCCGGGCGACGACUGAGUAUGCUAGCAUGCAACUGGGAUCCUGAGAACGGUCAGGGAGGGUCCCGCGUGUCAGCGGGUGUGGGUGGACCAGAACCUGACAGCGCCACAGGGAGAAAUAUACAUCGGAGCAGCUCGAAUAUAUGGUAUUCGCAGAAACAGCAGUACGACGAAACAGCCAAUUCCAGCAAUCGUUCAUGGAACGAGAAUGGUCGAUACGAGCUGCAAAACAUUUUGAACCGAUGCGAGCUGGAAGGCAAUUACGCUCAAGCAGCAGCACUAGCAGUUUUUCAUGGGGAUCUCAAUGCAGCAGUGGCGCUUCUGCAACGAGGAGCCACAUGGAUGACUCAAAUGCAGCAUCUGAACGUCGGAGUCUCGUCGCCCUAUACGCCCGAUUUAUUGCAACUUAUCGCGAUGUCUGUUGCAGGAUAUUCGUCGUCCGUUACGAAUUCGGGUGGGUUGUCUCUGUGGUUAUCCAUGACACAGCAACUACUAAAACGAAGUGAGAUCAUGUCGCAGGCAAACCCUCGGUAUUUCCACGCAAUGCUUUCUUUCCUGUGUGUCACGAGCUCGUCAUGUUCGUCCAGCACGAUGAAUUCGAACGCCAUGCGGGCAAAUCAGCAACCUUCGCGGCGCCCGCUUACUCGGAGACAAUGGGGGAGUGUCGAUGGGCUAGCGGCUUUUGUUGCUAGGCCUGCAAGUGCCGGUGCUUACUCAACAAUUCUACACGAUGUCACGCUACCACUGAGUGACCGGCUUGCAUUCGCUUGCCGAUAUCUCCAAGCCGACGACUUGCUCGCGUUUGUCAAUCAGCACGAAAAAGAAAGCGAGCAGUAUGGUCGUCUGGAAGGAUUGUUGGUGACCGGAAUUAAUGGCAACGGCAUCAGGCUUCUCCAAACGUACUUGGACAUGACGGGCGACAUUCAGACGCUUGCAUUACUGGCCGCUCGGGUGCCCUCGUCGUACAAGGCAGAAUCAUCUCCAAUGGAGAAGUGGAUCCAGAUAUACAAAGACUUGCUUAACCAGUGGCAGCUCUUCCACGAGCGCGCUCGAUUCGACGUGGGUCGCUCGCAGCUCGAAGACCUUCUCAACGGCUUUGCUAGUGUCUCGCGUGAGUGUGAUGCAGACGAUCGUCAUACGGAAGGAGUUCAGGAACCAUCGACGCUUUCCGUUCCACCGCAGUUAUUUGUGCGGUGCAAUUUCUGCAAUGCGUCGCUAUCUUUAGCGUGCUUGCUCCGACUCGGAGGCUCACACUCGUCAUGGUUAAAUCGCGCCAAACCGAAGCUGACGUGCUGUCCAACAUGUCGGAAACCAUUACCACAGUGCGCGCUGUGCUUGCUCCCGUUCGGAUCACUAAACCCAUACUUCGAGAUGGCUCAUCGCCGCUCAAGACAAACAUCCGAUGCAGUGAAUACGUUGGUGACUAGCGUAGCAGCUGAUUACGGAGGUGUGCUCAAGGAGCCCAAGACAAGCAAGAACGAGUACGAGAACCUGGGCCAGCUCUCGAGCAUUCCAUUUGUGGAGUGGUUCACAUGGUGUCAAUCGUGCAAGCACGGUGGCCAUGCCCAUCACCUUGCGGACUGGUUCAGAACACAUACGGUGUGUCCUGUCACAGACUGCAAUUGCCAGUGCCAACACCUGGACUUGCCAAUCGUGGGCGACGACAACCAAACGACGAUCAUUGAGCAUCAGCGAUCAAGCAUCGCGGCGUUGGCGGCCCAACGUGCAGCAGCGAAGGAGAAAAAGGCUCAACAGCAGCAACAAUAUCAUCAGCAGAAUCUGCAGGAUAUGAAAGCACCGUUGCGCGCUGGCAAGAAGUUGUUUCUGGACAAGCAACAACAGCAAGUACCACCAGAAUUCCAAAGCUCGCAGCACAAUUUCUCCAUGUCUGCGACUAUCGGGACGGGCUCCACGUAUCGCUCCUUCUCUUCCGCUCAAUUGAGACCGAGCGGCUCUAGUAGCGGAUACCCACCGCCUUUUUCACUCUCAGGGAGCAACUCGGGGGCAAACCUUUUAGGUGGAGCGAAUGCGGUCGGUGCUGGCAGCAACGUCGGCAGCGGAUCGGUGAGCGACGGAAUAUUUCUCGGCAACAAACUGGACCAGUUGGAAAAGGACAAGAGCAGCUAUCAGUACAUGUGA